GUCGUCGGCGUCCAUUGCUACUCUGCUCACGAUCGUUCGUGGGGUUUGUGCUCCGCUCAACAAACACAAAAAUGGCGAUGGCGACGAGUCAAGUCAAAGGCAGCGGGUGGCCGCGGAGGGCGAGCAACAGUUCAUUCGAGGGCAAGGUUGUGCAGAAUCAGUCGGUUACUAUCAACAGGACCGUCAAUUUAUAUCCUUUGACAAACUAUACAUUUGGAACAAAAGAGCCACUCUUCGAGAAAGACCCAUCAGUACCAGCAAGAUUUCAGCGUAUGCGAGAUGAAUUUGACAAGAUUGGUAUGCGGAGAAGCGUAGAAGGCGUCCUACUGGUACAUGAGCAUGGAUUGCCACAUGUUCUUCUUCUACAACUCGGUACAACAUUCUUCAAAUUACCUGGUGGAGAACUCAAUGCAGGAGAAGAUGAGGUAGAGGGCCUAAAACGGCUCCUUACAGAGACCUUCGGACGACAGGAUGGGGUGAAGCAAGAGUGGGUGAUAGAAGACACAAUUGGAAAUUGGUGGCGUCCAAACUUUGAACCACCUCAGUACCCAUAUGUGCCACCACACAUCACGAAACCAAAGGAGCACAAGAGAUUAUUUCUCGUGCAGCUACAAGAAAAAGGUAUGACAAGUCAAAGUUCUGACAUAUUAAUUGAUUCUAAUGAUGUAUAUAUUUACUUGUUAUUUUUAUACUUAGCUCUUUUUGCGGUACCGAAGAAUUACAAAUUAGUUGCUGCACCGUUAUUCGAAUUAUAUGAUAAUUCACAAGGUUACGGCCCCAUAAUCUCAUCUUUACCACAAUCUCUGUGCAGGUUUAAUUUCAUCUAUAUGUGAAACUAGAAUUAAAAGGACAAGACCGAAAUAUUCUGUUUAAUUUAAUAAAAUCUAUUAGAAAUUUAAUAAAUAGAUAUGUAUGAAACGACGGACGGUUUGUGGGAAACUUCAGGUCUGCCUAUAACGCAUAUGUAUAUGACGCAUUGCGAAUUAAACCAUUUUUUAAGUAGUAUUUAUGUAA